UGAGGCUUCUCGGAUCCCUUCCCGACCAAAUCCGGAUGAUUUGGUGCGGAGCAUUUUAAUAUUUUCCCCCUUUUGUGAAGUGGAACAAACACAACUUGGGCGCACCGCGGCGGCUCAGUGUCUGCCAGGCAGCCGGGCGACUGGAGCACCAAUCAGCGCGCGCCUGCGCUCUAUAUAUACGGCGGCCCGGCCCAAGCGCAGCUCCAUCGGCGUUUUUGCCACUUGUACCCGAGUCCCAGAUCUUCAACAUGUCUGAGACUGCUCCUGCCGCUCCUGCUGCCGCGCCCCCUGCGGAGAAGACCCCAGUCAAGAAAAAGGCUGCCAAGAAACCAGCUGGGGCGCGCCGUAAGGCCUCCGGGCCCCCGGUGUCGGAGCUCAUCACCAAGGCUGUCGCCGCUUCCAAGGAGCGCAGCGGGGUCUCCCUGGCUGCGCUCAAGAAGGCGCUGGCGGCCGCCGGCUAUGAUGUGGAGAAGAACAAUAGCCGCAUCAAGUUGGGUCUUAAAAGCCUGGUGAGCAAGGGCACCCUGGUGCAGACUAAGGGCACCGGCGCCUCCGGCUCUUUUAAGCUCAACAAGAAGGCGGCCACUGGGGAAGCCAAGCCCAAGGCUAAGAAGGCGGGUGCGGCCAAACCCAAGAAGGCUGCUGGGGCAGCUAAGAAGCCCAAGAAGGCCACGGGCGCGGCCACUCCGAAGAAAAGCGCUAAGAAGACCCCCAAGAAGGCGAAGAAGCCAGCGGCGGCUGCUGUAACCAAGAAAGUGGCUAAGAGUCCAAAGAAGGCUAAGGCUCCCAAGCCUAAGAAGGCUGCCAAGAGCGCAGCUAAAGCAGUGAAGCCCAAAGCCGCCAAGCCCAAGGUUGCCAAACCCAAGAAGGCUGCACCCAAAAAGAAGUAGGUUGUUGAGCUUCUGCUUCUUUAAACCCAAAACGGCUCUUUUCAGAGCCACCACUGAUAUCAAAAAAAAGAGCUGUACAUGCCUGCUUUACCUGCUCUGUCUUUCGUUUAGCCUUUAUAUUAUAGGGGAAAGUGGCGCAGAAGUCAUUCUACUGUCAGUUGGCUGCCGAGUAGAAAAAGCAAGGGGGAUGGAGGGAGAUUGGGGGGUGGGGGGGAUGGAGGGAGAUUGGGGGUGGGGGGGAUGGAGGGAGUGGGUUCUGUUACUGUGCAGAAACUGACCCCAAUUCAGGGGGUUGCCCCUACCCCUACAGUGCUCUGGCUCGCCUCCUGGUCAGCUGUUGGCAAACGUUUUCCGGCGGCUUGAGUACUUGGGAUAUCCGCCAGCCCCGCCCCGCUCCGCUCUUGUGAACAGCAAAAACAACCACAAAUAAAUCCAGCCAGUUUCGUAGUCUUAAGGGACAUCCGAUUGGGCUAACAACUUAUUUAAAAGUCCCGCCCUGCUCGCGGGUUGGUUCACUCCUUCACCCCAUGAUUUUCAUUCUGUGUUUAAUUGGUUGGUGGCGGUCCUCCAUAGUCUGUUUUCUUCCUGUUGCGUUAGCCCUUUUCGCUUGAUAGAGAAAUGUGUCUGAUAUUUCGGGCGUUCUCCAUGUUUUCGAAAGUCAAGUUCGUGUCUCUGGGGCGUUGAUAGCAUCCAGCCCUGGGUGGGGAGUGGCUGCAGGCGCCCUUGCCCUGCAUUCUGUGAAUUGUGGUUUGCUGUGGCAGCAAAGGAACAUUGAAAAGUAAUUACAGCGGCAGCAACGACUCUUGUACUCAGGGCAAGCCUGGACCUGGGAUCAUUCAGUCCCUCGUAUUGUGUAACUUUCGACAAAUGGGUGAUGGAUUUGAGCUCAUCGAAACCAACUUUAGUCGGCCAUUUUGUCCUGGCCGGCCGGUCACCAAUCCUCAUUUUAGAUAGAUAAUCUAAAAUUGAAGAUACUUUAAGUGCAUUUUUGUUCAACCCAAAUGUUUCUACGCCAAGAAUACAUUGGUAAAUACAUUGGGUGUGUGGAUGAGGGUGAUGAUGUCUGUAAUAAAGGGCUUUAGUUUCCAUU